CCUGUGCUGCAGGCUCGUGUUUGCAGCAUGUAAACUCUGCCAGCUAUGUACCCACAAUGCAUUGCAAAGCUAGGCUAACUGCGAGCAAAGAAAAACAACAACAGGCUACUCUGCGAAGAAGGCAGCUGCAUGGAUAACGACAACAACAACGAGGAUUUCACGCAAUGCAAUGGUAUUUCCUUAAACAAAAUGCGCCGUAGCUUUAUAAUGUGAGUACCACAUGGUCUUAAGCACUCUCCGCCCGCUGAAGUUCCAUUCCUUACGCUCGUUUUAUAGUGGGAACUGUUUUACUGGCUAGCUAGCUAGCUGGCUAGCUAUCUGCGUCUAUGUUUGAGUGUCUUCCGGCAGCAACGGCGGCAGCAGCGGUGCCAUGAACAGUGGACUCCCAGCUUCAGCUGCUCCGCUCGGGGGUGCCGGGAUACCCAGUGUCAAAGUUAAGUUUUGCCGAUACUACGCGAAAGACAAAACGUGCUUCUAUGGAGACGAGUGUCAGUUCCUGCACGAGGAUCCGUCCAUGGCAAGCCUGCCUCUGCACGGAGGGGGCAGUAGCCCCGUGCCGUUGUCCAUGGCCGGCGGUGGCGGGACGCCAGCGGGGUAUUCCCUCGGAGGCUCCGCGGCAGCCUGCCCGGGUGGAGGGGGGACCGUUGUGCCCAAGAAGAGCGAAGCAAUGGUGCCUGCAGGUACAUCGCUGGAGGGUCAGCUGUUAACUGUCCCAGGGAUGGAGGGUGCAGCCCUGAGCGAUGCCAGUCUCACCAACUCUUACUUCAGCAGCAGCUUCAUUGGGGUCAAUGGGUUUGGAAGCCCAGCAGAGUCUAAAUACUCAAUGAUGCAGCGAAUGACUACCAGCAGCAGCUCUCCUAGUCUCCUUAACGAUGGUGCCAAGAACUACAGCCACAGCACUCAUGAUCCAGUGAACUCUCCGACAUCCUCACUCUUCAGCGAUUUUGGUGCUCUUAGUAUAUCCCAAAGGAGGAAGACUCCUAACCCAGCAGCAAGUGAGUUCAUUCCUAAGGGAGUUCCACGAAUGGCCACCAUGGCUCAGUCCAGUGUCCAGGCCUUCCCUUCGCCUCCCUUCCCACAUCCUGGUAUCAGCAGUUCCACAGCUACAGCUCUGGCUCCAGGCAUGUCCUUGUCUGCGGGGUCUUCUCCUCUCCACUCCCCAAAAAUUACACCGCACACCUCACCUGCCCCUCGUCGGCGCAGUCAUACUCCAAACCCUGCCAACUACAUGGUGCCCACCACAGCAGCCGACCAGGGUGCUCACAUUAUCCAAAAAGAAACUGUCGGGGGGACUACCUACUUCUACACUGACAACACCCCAGCACCAAUGGCUGGGAUGGUGUUUCCUACUUACCAUAUAUAUCCCCCCACUGCACCACAUGUGGCUUACAUGCAGCCAAAAGCAAAUGCCCCAUCCUUCUUCAUGGCUGAUGAGCUUCGACAGGAGUUGAUAAACAGACAUUUGAUAACCAUGGCCCAGAUUGACCACUCGGAGAACUCGGAUGUACCAGGUGAGGUAGACAGCUACCACAGCCUGUUCCCCCUCGAGCCUCUCCCCCCACCCAAUCGCAUGCAGAAGACCAGCAACUUCAGCUACAUCACCUCUUGCUACAAGGCUGUCAAUAGCAAGGAUGACCUGCCUUACUGCCUGAGGAGGAUACAUGGUUUCCGUCUUGUUAACACCAAGUGCAUGAUGCUGGUAGACAUGUGGAAGAAGAUCCAGCACUCAAACUCUGUAACGCUGAGGGAGGUCUUCACCACCAAGGCCUUUGGAGACCACUCCCUGGUGUUCUCCUACGACUUCCAUGCGGGUGCAGAGACCAUGUUCGGCAGACACUUCAACGACCCAGCAGCAGACUCGUACUUUACCAAGAGGAAGUGGGGACAACAUGAGCCUCCACCACCACGGCAGCAUGCAGGUCUCCUCCCAGAAUCCCUGAUCUGGGCCUACAUCGUCCAGCUCAGCUCUGCCCUGCGCACCAUUCACACUGCGGGUCUGGCCUGUCGUGUCAUGGACCCUAGCAAGAUUCUCAUCACUGGCAAAACCAGGUUACGGGUGAACUGCGUUGGAGUGUUUGACGUCUUAACGUUUGAUAGCAGUCAGACCAAUCAUCUUGCCCUAAUGCCACAGUACCAGCAAGCAGACCUAGUGUCACUGGGCAAGGUGGUGCUGGCGUUGGCGUGUAACUCCCUGGCUGGCAUUCAAAGGGAGAAUCUGCAGAAGGCCAUGGAGCUGGUGUCAAUCAACUACUCUUCAGACCUCAAGAACCUCAUUCUGUAUCUGCUGACUGAACAGUCUCGCCUGCGCAGUGUCAAUGACAUUAUGCCAAUGAUUGGAGCGCGGUUCUACACGCAACUAGAUGCAUCGCAGAUGAGGAACGAUGUCAUUGAGGAGGACCUGGCCAAGGAAGUGCAAAAUGGCCGCCUCUUCCGCCUGUUGGCCAAGCUGGGCACCAUCAAUGAGCGACCAGAGUUUCAGAAGGACCCGUCGUGGUCGGAGACGGGCGACCGCUACCUGUUAAAGCUUUUCCGGGAUCACCUGUUUCACCAGGUGACGGAGGCCGGAACGCCCUGGAUCGACCUCAGCCACAUCGUCUCCUGCCUCAACAAACUCGACGCUGGUGUUCCUGAGAAGAUCAGUCUGGUUUCUCGGGACGAGAAAAGCGUCCUGGUGGUCACCUACUCGGACCUGAAGCGCUGCUUUGACAGCACCUUCCAGGAGCUUCAGGCUGCUGCCUCUGGCUCUCUGUAGCGCCCUCUUUGGGCCCGGGGUGGGACGGCCCCGACCUGGAGCACACUAUUGCACUACAGCGAAGGACCAGGUUUGUGAAGACGACAUCAGCAAUGGCGAAAGGCAGCGAGGCAGGGCUUCGUGAACCUCAGUCACAUACACUGACCCUGUCCACCAGGAUGGCUUUUUCUAAAGUGUAUUUUUUUUAGUUUUCCUAAACCCUGCAGCUGAAAAAUCGAGAAAAACAAAAGAAAAAGGACAAAUAUGGAAGCUGUGACAAGACGAGUAUGAUGACAUUUUUUUAGAUUUGGGGAACAAAACGAGAAACAAAUUGUGGUGUUUUGAACUUUUUUCCUGCUUUUAGUGUUCAUUUCUUACAGUUGGGGUUUAUUUUUCUGAAGAGGAUGCACUAAGAUUUUAAUUUUUUUGUUAUUUUUGUUUUGUUAUUUUUAUGAAAAUGUGUGAGUGGCCAACAGGGUGUACAGAGAGAGCUUAAGUCACACAUGGACAUAAAUACCAGAGCAGACUCACAAUUAAAACACACAAACAAACAAACCAGAAAAAGAGAUCAAGCUUUUUUUACUGACUGCACCUCUCUUCCAGCUGGAGACCACACCCCUUCAUUCUGAUGCACUAGGAGACGGAACACACCACUCAAGGCUUUUGUUGGGGGCAGGAUGGCACUUGUUUAACGAAAUGGGCCGGCCCACCUUUGCCUUGGUUGUUGCCCCCCCCCCCCCCCACAGAAAGGACAAACCACUUGGGAGGAAGGGAUGGGGGUUCUUAAAACUGGAAAUAAAUUGAUGAAUCUCUGACAUUUUAGUUCAGCAGACGUUGGGAUAUGAGGCUCGUGCGAUGUGACGUGGGUGGGCUGGUGUGAAACAGGAUUUGAGAUUUGGAAGGUGAAAUGUGGUUUCAGUUUGCAGACGAAAAAGGGGCGUUUUUGUUUCCGACGCUGUCUACCAUCUGUUUGUUACACGUGCAGCAGCCGUCUUUUGGUUAACGGACGCUCUGGUGACGUGAGCUGCUUCGUGACGGGUCAUUUUGGUUUUGGAUGUCCAGCACUUGUAGCCGUGAGUCGGGCUUCUGAUGAGGUGGAGCCACAACUGCCUCUUUUGUGGAAUGUCCUUAUUUGGUCUGUCACUCCUCCUCCUGUCCCUCCCCCCCCCUGUCCUCCUUUUAUGUCAAACUUCACUUCCCAUCAGGAAGUCGGAUCCCCCUUUUACUUUUGGGAAAAGAAAAGUUAUGCUUUUUUGUGAAUUUUUCUAGCUGGUCUUUCACUUUGCUCAGCUUUUUUGUGCAGGAAUGCAUGAUGGGAAAUGAGAGGGUAAUUCAUAUUUGUUUUGUCUCAAAUUAAUUAUUUUAUUAAUCUGUGGACCAAUUCCAGCAAAGGGUUUGGGGAAAGGGGCAAAGGAGACAAGGAACACCAAGAGUUGUUGUUUUGGUUGAUUUGUUGUUUUUGUUUCUUUUCUUUUUUUAAAAAACAUGAAAUACAAACGUGCUGAGACAAAGCGGUGGCGCGGGCUGUUGCACUCACUCGGACGACUAGGAUUUCUCUCAGGAUGACAAACGGCUGGAGGGGCCCCAGUGAUUGAAUGUGUUUGGCCGUCACUGGCUGCCCCCUGUCCAGUUAGAUAGAUGAGCUUCAGUAGAGUGGGUGGGACGUCUUCACACGGAGGUUUUUUUUGAGGAAGUUAACAGCGUUGUGGAAAUCGAGCUGCGAGGGAUUUUUUUUCACGUUGCCCUUAAGCACAAAUCAUAUUCUGUUGAUCGUGGAAGGAGUUAUUGAGCAAGAGAGUUUAGUGCCAGCCGACUCUACACCGAAAAGAUAUCAUCAAGCUGUUUGGGAACCACUGUCUUUGUCAUCUUUGUCUAAGUCUGUAGAUAAGAGACAACAAUGAAGAGGCUGCAGUCGGUUUCACAUCGAACUUUUCAAAGUUGUAUUGUGGACGUCAAUGAUCUGUUCUUGAGGGCAACAAACGUGCAGGGAGCCGGCUGUGUUGGAUCGUGUUACUACUUCCUCUAUUUUAACGAGACAGACGAAAACAUUUGGUGAAUGUGGUGCUUUAGAAAAACCCUCAACACACACACACACACACACACACACACAGUGCAGCCCCCCCCCCCCCAACUCGGCGUACACAAUGUCAGUACCCAUAUCACAAUCUUCAUGACCACCUCAUGACCACCUCACCUCCCCACCCCCCCUGCCCCACACACACACUCCACUUCAUAUUAGUGACAACCUCCUUCUCCUCCCCAACAUCAUCAUCAUCAUCGUCAUCACCUACAAUCGCCAUCUUAGUAUGUUUUUCGCCCUUCUUCUUAUGUUCAUUGUCUCAAAUUUUGCAAUAUUUGUGUGUACAGCAGUAUUUUAAUAAAGAAUACCAAAACAGAAA